AUGUUUUCACUGUCUGACUAUUCUCUAAUUGAUGCGUAUACCGGAAAGCUCCUCAUAUCCUGUUUAGUUGGGGCGUAUACGGCAUACUACUGGAUUUCUGCGCGCUCGGAGGUUUACUCACCCUUUGUUUUUGGUUUUACUGGUCGGGUACAAACUAUCCUGAGACCAAUUUUUCACCGUUGCAGAAAGCUCAAUUACGACGAUGAAUGUGUUGUGUUCCCAGAUGGAGGAGAAAUGUCACUGUCAUGGAGUAAUGUAGAUGCACUGACUGAUGAAUCUCCAACUGUCGUACUUUUGCCUGGUCUAACUGGCUGUGGCUGUUGUAACUACAUUGCCAGUUUAGUCAAGGAAAUUAACGAAUCUGGAUACAGGUGCGUCGUUUUUAAUAACCGCGGAACAUGUCGCCGUAAGCUGAAGACUGCUCGGACAUAUUGCGCCUGUGAUACUUCGGACAUGGCUUUAGUUCUUGAUCGUAUACGCUCCCGCUACCCAUCUGCUCCAAUGAUGGCAAUUGGAAUUUCUCUUGGGGCCCUUAUUGUGUUCAACUACCUUGCUGACCAAGGCAAGGGAAGUAGUGCAGACGAAUCGGAGCCGCAAUCGGCCAAAAAUACGUGUCCUCUCACCGCAGCCAUGUGUAUUUGCAUGCCUUGGGACGUGGCGCAAACCUCGGACAAGCUGGAGAAGUCCCUUGAUUGGUUCCUUUUCAACUACCCGCUGACGAAGAGCUUGCAGCGAUUGGUCAUUCGCAACGCCGAUGUGCUCUCAGAGAAAUACGAUAUCCCGAAAAUCCUCAAGAGUCGAUCGGUGCGCGAGUUCGACGCCAACAUGACAGUCGACAUGUUCGGUUAUAAAUCGGUGGAGGACUACUACGCACAGGCGUCGCCUGCCGCCAAAAUCGACGACAUCAAGGUCCCCGUGCUCUGUCUCAACGCCGCCGACGACCCCUUCGUGCCCUUCGAAACUCUGCCGUUGGAGGCGGUGAAGCAGAGCGACAACGUCGUGCUUGCCGUUACGCGUCACGGCGGUCACAUCGGCUUCCUCGCGGGUCUCACGCCGACCCGUCCAAGUCUCCUUGACCGCGCGGUGCCCCAGGUCGUGUCCGCCGUCUUCCAGAACCUGGAGGAAUUCAAAGCCGUCGCUGCCUGCUACUAG